GUUGACUUCUCUCCUUUAUCAAUGUUCAUCUUAUAAUUGCAUGCACCUCCCUUUACUUCUCUUUACAAGUAUAUAUAUAUAACAACCCUUCUCUUGUUUUUCCACAAAAAUCAUCACCAACAUUUCAAUUCCUUCAACCUCUUAAAAACUCCACUUUAUUACCAUUAAAACUCUGUUGACUUGGUAUAGAAUCGUGUAGUCGUCGGUUUUAUCACUAGAAUACCUAUGAGAUAGUGGUCAACCUAUCGAAUGCCUUCUUUUUUACUUUUUCGAGAAGCCCUUUUACGAUAUUCUUUUCCUUCUCCCCUAAAAAAAACUCUGGUCCAUUACUUGAAAAGAUACGCAAUAUUAUCUCUUAGCCUUUUCUUGAAAUCUAUUGAUCAGCUAAUUCAGAUUCGUGUUGAGUAAGUUCACUAAGGAAAUAAAUUGUACUAUACCAAUAAGUUCUUCAUUCCUAAAGGUUCGAACCUGAAACCUCUUGACGGUGAAACUAAAAAAGAUGACAGAAGUUGAAGUUCCUAACUAUUUUCUUUGCCCAAUCUCAAUGCAACUGAUGAGGGAUCCAGUCACAACAUCAAGUGGAAUAACCUAUGAUAGAGAAAACAUAGAGAAAUGGUUAAUCAAAUUCAAGAACACAACUUGUCCAGUCACAAAACAAGAGUUGUUGACUAUUGAUCUUACCCCUAACCACACUCUCCGCCGUCUGAUCCAAUCUUGGUGCAUCAUGAAUUCUUCAAAUGGUAUUGAGCCAAUUCCAAAUCCAAAGCCUCAAGUAACAAAAAUCCAUGUUUUAAAACUCCUUAAACAAGCUAUGGAAUCCCAAGAAAUGCAACUUUCUUGCUUGAGGAAACUUAGAUCCAUUGCCCAUUCAAGUGAGAGCAACAAGAAGUGUUUAGAAUCAGUUUGGGUUAUAGAUUUCUUAGCUUCAAUUAUAAAGAAGAAAGAUAUGGCUUUUGUUGAAGAUUCAAAGCAUGUGUCAUCUGACAUCGUUUCGCGAAAAAUUCUGCAUACGUCACUGGAGUUCACUGAGGCAAGUGAUGAAGCAUUGGAUAUUCUCUUCAAUCUUAAUCCCUCUAAUGAAGAUUUAAAAAAGAUCAUCUCUCAAGAUGAACUUUUCUUGGAUUCUUUAUUGCAUUUCUUGAAAUGUGGGAAUUACCAAUCUCGAGCCUAUGCAAUAACCCUAUUAAAAUCAGCUCUCAAUGUAGCUGAUCCAGGGUUUUUAAUUGGUGUAAAACAAGAAUAUUUUAAAGAAAUAUUAUCUGUUUUGAAAAUCAAAAUAUCACAACAAGCUACCAAGGCUGCACUUAAAUUACUAGUGGAACUUUGUCCAUGGGGGAGAAAUAGAAUCAAAGCAAUUGAAGUUGGAGCAGUUUCAACCCUAAUUGAGCUACUUCUUGACACAAAUGAAAGAAGAUCAUGUGAAUUGAUCUUAGCAAUUCUACACCAACUUUGCAGCUGCGCCGAGGGCCGAGCUGAGUUAUCGAGCCAUGGGGCUGGAGUCGCCAUUGUUUCCAAGAAAAUUCUUAGGGUUUCUCAAGUGGCAAGUGAUAGAGCAGUGCGGAUUCUUUCUUCUAUUUCGAAAUUUUCGGCGAAUUCUAGGGUUCUUCAAGAAAUGUUGCAAGUGGGAGUUGUGUCAAAGUUGUGUUUGGUGCUUCAAGUGAAUAGUAGUUUAAAGACCAAGGAUAGAGCUCAAGAAGUUCUUAGGUUACAUUCUAGGGUUUGGAGAGAUUCUUCUUGUAUUCCUCCUUAUUUGCUCUCUUCUUAUCCUUCAUAAAAGAAAAUUGAUUUUGUUUUGGCCUUUUCAUGUUUGGAUGGAUCAAUUGAACUUGUAUAUAUUGAUGGUGAAAUUUUGUUGUUACACUCCCUAUGUAAUAUAGCU